AUGGUUUGCUUUUUUUAUCUGGAUCAUCACAUAUGGUUUCGCCACUACCAAAUUGUGGACAGUGAGCCGCUGUCUCUGCUGGAGAUAGGGCCGCGCUUCACACUUGAGCCAGCAGCCAUUCUUAACGGCUGCUGCAAGGGUAGUGUUAUUUGGAAGAGCGAGUUGGCAAAGACGCCAACGGAACAGCGUCGGGACAGGAAGACGCGCCGUCUUGAGAAGGUGCAAAUGAACGAGGCCAUUAAGAUAAAAUCUGAAAUGCAUAAGGCGAUGAAUCCGCCACCAGAGCAGAACCCGUUGGACCUCGUCUUCAAGGAGUAUUGA